AGCAGCCCUCAGAGCCGUUCCCUCGCUCGCCCGCCUCAGUCAGUCAGUCAGUCACACACUGAGGAAGGAGGGAGGGAGGGAAGGAAGGCGAGGGAGCGGGCGGGAUUAUUAUGGGCUGUGGGUGCUGCUGCUGCUGCUGAGGGCUGAGCAAAAGAGAGAGAAAUAAAUAAGAAAUAAACAAAAAUGGAGCUGUCUGCAGUGGGCGAGCGGGUGUUCGCGGCCGAAUCCAUCAUCAAGCGACGGAUCCGAAAGGGACGCAUCGAAUACCUGGUGAAAUGGAAAGGCUGGGCCAUCAAGUACAGCACUUGGGAACCUGAAGAGAACAUCUUGGAUUCCCGUCUAAUUGCAGCCUUUGAGCAAAAGGAACGUGAGCGUGAGCUGUACGGACCUAAGAAGAGAGGACCCAAGCCCAAAACUUUUCUGCUGAAGGCUCGGGCCCAGGCGGAGGCCCUACACAUUGGGGAUGUACAUUUUUCUGUCAAGCCUGGUUCUAGCACAUCCUCUCCCAAACUCCACUCCAGUGCUGCAGUGCACCGACUGAAGAAGGACAUCCGGCGAUGUCACCGUAUGUCUCGGCGCCCUUUGCCCCGCCCAGACCCCCAGAGUAGUGGAGUUGGUGGGGGCACUGGCAUCCGCCCUCCUGUCUCUCCCUUUUCAGAAACCGUCCGCAUCAUCAACCGCAAGGUGAAGCCACGUGAGCCCAAGCGCAGUCGCAUUAUUCUCAACCUGAAGGUGAUUGAUAAAGAUGGGAAAGUGGGAAGCAGGGGAGGAAGUUUGGCUCGAUCCAAGAUACCUUCACGAAACCGUGUCAUUGGCAAGAGCAAGAAAUUCAGCGAGAGCAUGCUUCGUAACCAGAUCCGCCACAUGAAGUUUGGAAACUUCCCGCUGUACAACAAGCCGUCCACUCCAGUCCCAUCCUUGGAGGGGAAGACAGAGGCAGGAGGCUCCCAGGGUGCCUCUUGUGGGCUCAUGGGCUCUUCUGCCUAUGAUGCCCGCAGUUCGAGCUCCUCUGACUGCCCCUCACCAGCUCCACACUCCUCAUCGGAUCCAGAUGAUUCCCCACCAAAGCUGCUUCCUGAGACACUAAGCCCAGCCAUUCCUGACUGGCGUGAAUCGGAAGUCCUUGAUCUAUCAAUUCCACCAGAAUCAGCAGCCACCAGCAAGCGUUCUCCUUCCGGAGGAGGGGGUCAGAUGCCAUCAUCUCCAUCCUCUUCUGACCCAGAGCAGGAGGCUGGGGAUUGGCGCCCUGAAAUGUCUCCCUGCUCUAAUGUGGUGGUCACUGAUGUCACCAGCAACCUUCUGACGGUCACCAUCAAGGAAUUCUGCAAUGCAGAGGAUUUCGAAAAGGUGGCAGCAGCUGGAGGUGGUGGUGGAGGCAGCAAAUGAGAGGCUGCCUUCUUCCUUCAGCGCAGUUGGGGGGAGGGGGAAGGGACAGGGAGGCUCUACUGCAAGAUCAUGCAUGGUGUGAAUGCCUGUUUUCUUCUCUCUCCUCCUUAUCCAUUCUUUCUCUCUUUGCUUGGAAAUUAAGACGGUAGUAGAGGAAUGGGAAUGGAUGUGUUUGAAGUUUCCAAAUGUCACAGCUGCUAGGGGUUAUGGUGGGGCAUGAGUUUCCCUUUUGUCUUCAAGGGUUAUGUUGCGCUGACUUGGACCUGGUGAAUAAGAACUUGGGUGAACGGGUUCGUAUCUUUAAGAGGGGAAGGAUUUGCUUUUCCAUCCUCUUUAAUGAAACAGAGAUCCUUUGGUCAACACAGGCAGAGUCUGCAUUCCUGCUUUCCAGCUCUACACCUCUGUACCCAUCACCUUGCUCUUAUAUCUGUAGCUUUGGUGAGAUUGUAUUGACUAUACCCUAGGAAGAAGCAGCUUUUUAAGGGGAAGGGAGGUUGGAGAGUAGAUCACUAUGAUUAGGUGGGGGCUGCUACAGAACAUCUGGGGAAACUUAUGUGCCCUAAAUUUUCAUUCUGCUGCUGGGCACUCUUCCUCCUUACAUAUGCCAAAAGUGCUAACUUGGUAAUUGUGGUAGCCCUUGGAGUCAGCCUGGGCACAUUCUAUCACUUCCAUCUGUCUUGAACCAUUUCUCAGUCCUGGUUCUAAGACACCCUGCACAUUUUUUUUAUUUUUUUUUUUGUGGCGGGCCAAACUCGAGUUUCUUCAGCCUUCUUAGGUUGUCAGUCUUGUGCCCUGCUCCUUCCUCUUCUUAAAGUCUGAGGCAUGUGUGUCCCCUUCCUGAAACCUGCUAUGAUGAAAAGGAGAGGCGCCACACAUCCAUCUUCCAAUGUAGGAGGGAUGGAAGAGUUGUGCAGUGAGAGUAAGCCCUGUUCUUAUUAACUCCAUCGUCCUUCCAGUGAGGUGGGUAGGAGGAGGGCCUGCUUGUUGCACAUUUCCCCAUCUGCAUCUCUCUCUAGGUGAGUGAGAUGGAAGAACAUUCGCAUCUACAAUUCCUAGGAUCUCAAACUGCCUCUACAGUUGCCAACCAAAGGUGCUAAGAACCUAUUGUAAAAUCUUACUGUGUGUCUCUUGGAUCUUUUUGUGUGUGUGUGGAGUGCAUGUGCAGUGUGUGUUUGCCUCUCCCUCCCAUCCACCUCCCAACAACAUGCUGCUUUUCAUGAAUUCAUUCUGGCUGAAACCUUUACAGCCUGUCUUGGAAGGAGGUAAAAAUGUGGCUUCUUUGGCUAUCUCCUCACCAUCCCGCAUAAUGGGUGAAUAACCAUGAGCUCAUAUAUUUGUGUCCAAGGUUCACUGCAGAAGUAAAACAAUUUCUGCAAAGUUCUCUGUGUUUCUUCUGCCAUCUUACGUUCUAGCCCUGUUGCAAGUUUCUCUUUCCCCUCCUGGGUGCCUCUGUUUUGUUACCAGUGGCAUGUGUGCGUGCAAGUGUUGCCUGUCAUACUAUUUGUAAUCUUCGUUACAUUGUUUUUUUGGGGGGAAGGUGUGUGUGUGUGUGAGGUAGUAAUAUUUCUCAAGGGCUUGUCUGCAUGCUAUGCUGUCACUGAAAUAACUGCAUUCAGUUCUUAAUGGCAUCUCUCUUCCCUGUAUUCCUGUGUGAACUUUCUUUUUUUCAAGGGCUUGCUUAGUUUUUUUUGUUCAGUUUUACAUUGAGUUAAUUAUUUAUCAAUACAUGUAAAGACUGGUGCUGCAAAAAUUGUGGCAUUUUAGCUCAUCGGUAUCUCACAUCAGGAAGGUCUUCAGACCUUUUUAAGCUGUCUCACCUUUCCCUCAUUGACUUUGCAAAGUUCCACUUGGCUAUAUCUGUGUUUAAAAAGAAGCCUGGACUUUGCCAAGUACAGGAUUGAGAGAUGAUGUGUGGUGAUACCUUAUUAAUAAUCUUAAAUAUGAGUGUCUAUAUAUAGAGAUGCCUACCAUAAGCAAAUUGUAUAAUGUUAAACAGUGUGAUUGUCUGUGACAGUUUGAGUGUAGUCAGUACCUAAGACAUAUUCAAAAUGUUGGUUUUCCUUUAUCCUAUCAUAUAACACCUUUUGUGUCUUUUAAAAUUAUUUCAAAACAAGUGAAAUCUACAUGGUGUGCAGGCUUAAGUUCCUCCACACUCCUUCCACUAAUGUGUAAGUCUAAGGCUUCUUGUAAUUCCACAGGCGCAUGCUUUGAAAUAGCUGUUUGUUGUUUUUCAUGAGUUCAGUGAGACAGGCUGUAUCAUUGCUUUGCCUCAAAGGAAGUGUGGAGGUUUCUUUUAUGGGAGUUUAUUUUAAUGCCUGUAGCUUCAAAGGUGGGUGGGUUGGGUUGUGGGGUAGAGAUGUAUAAUGGGAGAUGGAGCAGGGAGACUUGUAUUAAAGAGAAGACUUUAAAGGAGAAAAAAAAUGAAAUAUUUUAUGAAGCUGCAAGAGAGGAACUAUUAUACUGGGUGGGGGUGCAUACUAGUCAAUCGUGUUUUGAGAUUGCUUGGUAUGUUUGUGUGGUGUAUGGUUUUGAAGUUUGUCUAAUAUUUGAAAAAAGUCAAUGGACAAUAUAAAAGGGAAUUUUAAUAGGAAACUCUUCAAAUAUUUUAACACGUGUUCUUGGCAGAUUCCCGCCGCCCCCUUCCCUAGAGUCUCUUGUCACUUUGGUUUCUCUGUGUUUCAAAAGAGUAGGACAUUCACCUUUCUUGGAGGUGUUGGGAGCUGUUGUCUGUUAGAAGCUGACUGAUUUCAUGUAUGGUACCUCCAAUGGCAACAGGUUGGCUUCCCCCUCCCCCAACAACUUGUCAGUAGUGAAAGGGUGGGGCUCAACAGUAGCUUUGGAAUUUGUUCCAGGGGAAAAAAAAAAAACCAGACUAGAAAUGGUCUAGUGGGAGGACAGGUUUGCAUGAUAUGUUAAACACAGUUUUUAAUUUCUCCUUCAUGACUCUCAAAGCAGUGGGAUGAGGGGACACACCUGUUUGAAGGCAGUGGAAUAAACCCUUGCCCAGAGGGUGAAUUUAGCUAUUAUUAUUAGAAUUACAUUUAUAUCCCACUACUUACUGCAUCCCACAUCCCUAGUCUGUGAUCCCAACAUGGCACUUGUGGUUCUCCCUCUCGUCUUCACAAUGACCCUGUGAAGUAGGUUAGACUGAGAGAUAGCGACUGGUCCAAGCUCACCUAGUGAGCUUCAUGAUUGAGUGGUAAUUUGAACCCUGGUCUCCCAGAUCCACUGCAACAUGCAAACCUCUGCACCGUAUUGGUUCCUGGGGCUGUGUUGAAAGUGUGUCUUCAGUAGUCUACUUUCUCCACAGAUUAGUUAGCGUGGCACUUGAUAAACAAAUGGGAAUUAAUCUUUCUGAUAACAUGUGAAGUAGCUUUAGUAUGAAAGUGGGAUGCCGCCUGGCACUCAGGUCACAAGCUUCUGUUUCCUGAAUACAGAUACCAGCUACUCUUGUGCCAUGGUGCCAACACACGGGAUGCAUCCAGCACCAUAAUUUUGGUGCAGUGAUGGCUGAUGAGGUGGUACCAUGCUGAUUCUUCUAGUCUACUUAGAACAGCAGCUAUUGGACUGGGAUUAAGAACAUAGGAGCCUGUUGGAUCAGUCCAGUUGAUGCCUUUGAGAAGUGUGAAAGCAGCACCAGAGCACAGCAGCUCUCCUCCCGCUUGUGAUUCCCAGCAAUUGCCAUUCAGAGGCAUACCGCCUCUGACAGUGGAGGGAGAACACAGUCAUCAUGGAUAGUCACCACUGAUAGCCUUAUCCUCCAUAGAUUUGUCUAAUCCUCUUUCCAAGAUGGUGGCCAUCAAAGGGAUUAGCAGUCCCUGUCUGUCUCAUAGUUGAGUUGAGCUGGUUGAGUUACUACUGAUGCUCUAAAACUACAUCACUGAAAGUACUUCAAAGGCCAUUCCCUUGAGGAGGCAGGUGACAAGCAAAGCCUUGGCAGAUAGGUGAUUGUGAAACCAAUUGGAUGGAGCAGGGUUUAGUUGACUGCAUCAGUGGUAUCUUCUCCAUCUCCAUGCAGUAUGAUACUCUUGUUGGGAUCAGAGGCUAGGGAUAUGGAUUGCGGUAAGUAGCCCACAGAUGCAAGAGUCACUCCACUUGUGCAGUACCAGGAGUCGCUCUGAUGCAAAGAUAAGCCUUCUGUUUUGGCUAGCAUUUUGACCACUUCUUUGGCAUUAGCAACCACAGCUCCUAACCAACAUCCCUAGGGAGUUCUAUGCUGCUAAGAUUUUACCAACCUGGUAGCUCAUUUGCUUGAACAUUCCCCCUCCAUCUCUAGAAAGAACCAUCACUCUUGAAGGGGGAGGGUCAGAUGCAUGUAAUGCUGGAAUGUAGGGUUGCUUGGUUUUGCCUUGAAAUUUUCCCUUUUACAGUAUUUGGCACACAACCUCCAAAAGCAGAUUGUGUUCAUCUUUCCGGUUAAGUGGCAAACCUUGUACCUGACACAUUCUAGCCACCAGAUGGUGACAGAGGGCUACUGUUAACUGCUUCAUGAUUUGGGCUGUCUUUUUGCCUUGAAUCAUUGUGAAUUUUAAUGUAAUAAUAGAGGAUAAGAUACAUCCUGUAUUCUUUUGCGUCUGUGCCAUGUUUGUUGUACUUCUUGUUCUUAGAGAGGAGAGUUUGAAUGGGGGGAGGGGAGGGAGAAAGAAACUAGUUUUGCAAAAAAAGAAAAGAAAAAAGGUUUUUUUAAAGGUAAUGAGAUUUUUACAGACAGAAGGAUAGAGAAUUUAAAAAUAUUAAAUGCAGUGAUUGCACAAACUGUAGUGAUUUUAGCUGGUCCUUAAAGAAAAGAGUAUUUUUAGUAUUUGUGUGUGGUAGGGAGGGUGGUGUUCAGGCCAUUCAAAUUGGGCAAGGGAAGAGCAAAAAGUAACAGUGUCUGAGUUGAGAAAGCAAGUCCAUAAAAACCUAUUUUCUCUUCCCUCUACUUUAUUUUACUUGGGGCGAAGGGAGGAAGAAUGCCUCCCAUCUUUCCUUCCUUUCUGGAUAUGAUUGAUCCAGAGUUCAGCCUGGUUCUGGCAAAGCUUUGUCAGAAGGGCUAUGUGGCAUGUUAUCCACUUGCAGAUGAACAGUUUAGGCAUCAAUAUGACCUACUGAGGUGAGAGCUAUUUGAUGAAGUGGGACAUGUUGCUGCUUUGUGGUUGUUCAGUAAGUAAAAGUAUCUAAGAUACCAGGCAAGCAGGAAAUAUGUGUUUUAGCUGUGAACCAAACAAACUAUUAGAAGCUGGCAAAACCUUCCUCGUAAUAGGUCAACCUCAAUGUAUACUGGGUUUCAUAACAAAGAAUUCCUUCUAACUAAUCUAAUUCACUUUACAUCUUCCAGGUACAUUUUACCAAGAUGUUCUCAAGUGGGUAACAGCCUUGAUAUGUGAGGAAAAAGUGAUUAGGACCUUCGUGAGGAUAGCAAACACCAAACUAAUGAUGGCAGCUUGAGUUGCAGUGAUUGCUUUCAUUCUGAGCCCUGAGGGAAAGCAAGGUGAAAGGAGCAAGUAUGUGAUCAAGAUUUUAGCAAAAGAGACAUCAUGGAAGGGGAGAUUCUGUUAAAAGAGGGAGUGUUGGCUGGAUGUGAAGAUUGUCCCCAGAAUUUAUGUGGCACUGACUGGUGGAGAAUGGGCUGGUACUUUCCCUCCUGUUCCAAAGUGUCCAGAUUGGCUUUUUUUCCAUGAGUGCCAAUGCAAAAUCUGUAGAAGAGACCACCCGUCGUCCACUUCAGUAUCAAUUUUCAGACAGCAGAGGAACAGUCUCCUGGUGUUUAUAGGAUACACCCUAAGACAAGAAGGAUGAAGUUUGACAGUUUUUGUUGGGAGGAAGACUGUCCUAUUUGAGCAGUAUAUUUCUUUGUGGAAGUAGCUUUCAUGUUUAUCUGUUGCUUGCAAAAUUACACCUUUGCUUCUGUGCUCUUAAUUGUUCACUUCUUGUAGUUAACAGCAAAGCAUAGUUGAAAUGGAAGUUUGGAAUCUGUUUAGGAAAAAGUAUUAGAUCUCCCAGAAAGCUAAAUCUUUCCUGCUAGGUUGUCCAGUUUUCUGUAUUGUGCAGAGAACUCAUUUUUUAUCUGUUCACUAUUAUCUCUUUUUCUCAUCUGUUACCAACCAGUUGAACUGUGAUAUCCUUCCUCAGGGGGACUUGAGUCCCAUGUCUCUGUAUGUGCUAACCUAUAUGUAAUAAUUGGUUAUCAAUAGGCUAUGGGUGCAUGCAACGGGCAGUGAUAGGGAAAUUCUGAGAACAAUACUCUGGGCCUAUGAUUCCUGGUGAGCUGCUGAAAUACAGUGUCUCCCGUCUCAGGAGAAUUCCCCUCUUUGCUCAAUAACUUAGUACCCAUUUUGGCCACGGAGAACUACCUGCAAUCCUACCUCCAUUAUAAAAUGGGUGCUAUCUGAGCUGAGUCUUCCUGGUUAAUAAGCUCCCAUGUUCCCCCCCUCUUGUGCUUAGGGGAGGUUUAGUUGCUUUGCAACAUUAUUUCUUGUCCACCAUCCAUGGAAGCUGCAGUUGUGUGAGUGAACAACAUUUUGGGUAACUGAGAUGGAGGAGAAAAUCAGGAAAAGGCAUUCCCCCCCCCAUGCCAGAUAAUUAGGAGAGGCCCUUGGUCUCAGGAGGUAUAAGAUUCCAAGUGGGCCUUUGGUAAGGAAAUGUAAUAGGCCUGGAAUGGAUUUCACACUUAGUGCUCAGUGUCCUUCUGUUAUGAACCAUCAUGUUGCUAUUCCCCCUCCCCCCUUGCCUCUUCCCUUGAGGCUUUGCACUGUUUUGCCUGGUGCAUCCUGUGCUCCAGUGUUGCUUGCUUUGCUGCUUUUUUGACUGUCCACUAGUGGUGCAAGAGCUGGGAUCUUAUUUUCUUAUUACUGAAGUGUGUGUGUGUGUGUGUGUGUGUGUGUGUGUAAGUAAAAUCCUCCACUUAACCCACCACAGUGCUUUGUGUUAUGCAAAGCCAGCAUGGGCCAGUAGCAUGACCAUAAGGCUGAGAACUAGGAAUGUCUGAAUGCUGUGAUCUGCAAGCCACUUGGCUUCCAAAGUAUGUACUGAAGGAGGCUGUUCUUAUGAAAGCUGCUCCCAGCACUUAUGAACAGCCCUAAUUGUAUUUAGUAUUUUCCCCAUAAAAUGUUUAGCUUUCACCCAAGUCAGGUUUUGCACAGCCACAAAAGAGGAGCCUGGUGUUGGAAUAUUCUUCUUCCAUGUAUGGCUUCCUUUCUCAGUUAAUGCAACAGCAACACCCUGAUUGCCUCGCAGUCUCUCCUGCCCUACUUGAGAGGUCUACUGGGUCUAAUUGAGAUUGAAGUGUCAGGGUUACUAAUGUAUGGCAUACGAACAACAUCUGAAGCCACCUUUGUCCCAUUUAGUUCUUAUUGAUCCAACCAACCCAAUGUUGGUUGAUGGGCAGUGGCACUCCAAUAUCUUAAACAUUUCAGACAGAGAUUUUUCCCCCAGCCCCUUUUAAUGAGGGGCAUUAGAGAUUCAACGUGGCCCCUUAUUGUUUUCAUAAUAUGUGGUUUAACACUGAGUUAAGAGCUUCCCCCAUGUCAUUGUUAUGCCCUUUGUGCCAGUUCCAUGUUUUCCAGAACGAUUAAUUGCGCCAUCAAUUUCAUUUCUCUUUUACUCCAGUCUCAGCCAAAAGAUUUUCCUUGAAACAGGAAGCUGGUGUGACACAGAAAUGCAUCUGUGCAUUUGGAUGUGCCAUUGCCACAGAUCAUAGGACCAAGGCUGUGUGUAGAUUGUUCAAGUGUAGAAUUUAGCUUCGGCUCUGGAAUUCAGCAUCUUGUAUGGGAUUUGAAAUUCAGCUUCAUAAGAAACUGCAUUCUUUAUCCUUUAAAAAAAAAAGCUAACUUUUAUGGCUGCAAAUAUAAGUUUGAAAAUGUGCGAGCAAUGCAUGGUGAAGAAGCCAGAGCGGGGCCUGAGGAUGGGUUCACAGCCCAGCAUAGUUCUGCUUGUGCCUCCCAAUGACUAGCAGCAGCAGAGUAAAUGGUGCAAAGUAAGCAAAUCUAUGCAGAUGUGCUUAACCUUGCAUGACUUAGGCAUGUAGCAACCUUGGGUGAGUGCAAAGUUUAGAUUAUCUUGUUGGAGAGGCAUAAUCUCUUGAACUACAGAAUACACUCAGCCUUCAUUAAGACUUAAUCUGGAGAUGCGAAAUAUUUGGUCCACCAAGCCUUGGCAUCCAAACCCCACUCGCUCUCUCCAGGCCCCCUUCUCCCCACUGUUGAGUGGUAAUCUCCAAUCAGCUGAGCUGUGUGGUGGGGGAGAUCCCCACACAUGCUGUUCAGCUAUUCAGAUUACAUAUCAGCAGUGAGGAAGAGGGAGCUUGCUGUAUUUCCUGUGCUGCAUGGUGAGAAAAGGAGCCCUUUCCUCACUUCACAGCUUAGCAGUAAAAUGGGCUGCCCGUGGAGAAAGGGGCUAUACUCUUCCUCAAUUUAUGUUUCUGUGCUGCAAUAAGAAAGGGGAGCCCUAUCUCUACUUGCAGCAGAGAAUUCAAGUGAGCUGUCUAGUCCAUUGCUGGUAUGUGGAGCCUGUCCACUUUCCCAUGAGGGACCCAUUACUGAUGCUAUGUCAAGUAAAAGUAACAUCUUGAUGAAAGCUGUGUGGUCUCAGAGCUGCUUCAAUACAUAAGAACUUGAUAGGGUUAGGCCAAAGGUUCAUAUACCACCUAUUGCUGUCUCUACUGGUAACCUUUAUUGGGUGCCUGAAGGCUGCACUAUGCUUGAUUGUUUAUUCUUUGGGUUGCUGAUCACUUGCCAGUCUGCAGCUACAAUAUACAAAGAUUCUGCAGGGAUCAAGUUGGUCCCUCUGGUUUGCUAACAUCUGGGGAUUAUUUCGGUCACUUAAUUGGUCAUUGCCAGUACUGAAUAAGUGGGGAUUAAAAUGUAUGCCUUUCUGUGGCUAUAUUUCUUCCUUCUGUGUAGCACAGGAUGAUGCUGUGUAAGGCUCUCAACAUUGUAGCUGUUGACAAGGAAGAAGCAUUCCCAAGCUGUACUUGGAUGCUGAUGAUUCCUUGUUAGUCUGAAGCUUUCACUGAAGGAAAUAAAGGCAUGCAAGUGAUCUGGGGAAAAAACUUUCUUCUUUACAUUGGGCAGUAAAACGAUAAUUUGCAGAUGAGUAUGUUUUGCAGCUUAACAUUUGAUUGGAUUCAUUUAAGUCCCAAUUCCAAUAUGCUGAAAACCCAUUCCUAUUUUGUAUAGCACUUAAAAAAUAUUGCAAGCACAUGCUUUAAAAGUUCAGCACUCUCAUACUGUGGCUUCUAAUGUGAAGUACUUUGCUAUUUUAAAUGGGGUAUCCUCUUCCAUUGUUCUUUCCCUGAUCACCAUGUUUAGCAUUUAUUCUAGUCUCUCACAGAACCAGCCAUUCCAUACUGGGUUUUUUCCAGACACAAGAAUGACUUGUAGGAAUUGUCCUAUGUCAUUAAAUAGCAUAGUGGGGAAUAUUUAUUACUCAGAGACUGACAGAGGUAUUGCUGAGACUCCUGAGUCUUUCAGUAUCAGUCCUUAUGCAGUCAACACAUGUAUGUUACUUUUUUGGUGCUGGAAUGACAUGGAGGAUCUUUCCAAUGUUGCAUGUAUAGUAAUGUGGGAAGCAACUCCUAGUUCUUUACAGUCAAGCUUUUCAGUGGAGCAAGAAAAUAAUGUAGCAACUCAACUAUUCUCCAGAGACUGCUGUAAGUGUCCCAUGUAAUUAGUGGAAGAUUGCCCUGUGGUAUUCAUAGGCCAUUAUCAGUAGUAGAAAGAUGUCCCCUUAACCUGGGAAUAAUUUAUGGUUUUAAUCUGGAGAAUACUGUUGCUCAUAGGGCAUGACAUGCAAAGAAUGUGGGACACCUGUGCAGAUGCAAAAGCUAGGCAGCAAGUUAGGUGGUGGAUAUUUUCCAAGAUGAAUGCCACAGGGGGCAAGUGACUGGCAGAAAGUUGGGACUUCUAAGGAUGCAGUUUGUUUCAUGGUGGCUGCUACCACCAGCCUAAAGUAAAUAUAUCUAACCAUGGCUUUAGUGAUGUUCCUGGUGCUUAUUCCCCCUCCCCACAUUUUAUACUCAGACCAAUUCAUCUGCCACAUUUCUCUUUGUGAGUUCUCUUGAAGAAAAGCCUCUUGUUCCAGGAGGUUCAGAAUUGGUGUUUGCUCCUCUUUCACGCUCACCCUUGCACUUGCCAGUGCCAGGCCUCAACCUUGCCAGAACCUUGUUAAUACGUAAGGGCUUUCUAAGGCGAUGGUGGCACUUGCUUCGAACCUUAAAAAACUGCAGUCAAUCGAGAGGGUUAGUGUAAGUCUGCGCAUUUGGCUUUUGCAAAGUUGAGGCCUUAUGCUAAGUUUUGUCAAAGGGUGAGCUGAAGUUGCUGUGUUCUUGCCUCUUGGCGUAUGAAAUAGGCUUUAAAAACCAAUAACUAAAUAUAUAUCUGGUAACUUUUUAAUUUUGGCAAAAAAUGCAUUUAAUGAAACAAUUGUGCAUGAAUGAAGUGUUAUCUAUUAUUUUUGUCUUAUUCAUUUUUAAAUAUAGUGUUUGCAUUUGCUUGAUUGCUUUUAAAAAUCCAGUUCUCAGCUGGCUAAACUGUCUAGAGUGGAUGGAUGGGAAGCAUAGUGGGGUGGGUGAUUGAAUCACCACCCCCCAUUGGCAUUUCCAUCAGAAAAGUGGCUUGCUCCAGGUUUUGCGGGGGGUUGUGCUAAUUACUCUUGUGUGCUUGUACAUUUUGUUCUUUCUGCUGCUCUUGAGUAUUGUAUCAAUGCCAGAAAUGGGGAGUUAAAAAGAUGAACCCCAAUAAAUUGUUACAUUCCAAA